AUGAAGAGAAUAGUAGUCAGCGUCGUCUCACUGAUAUGGAUGCUAUUCUCCACCUCCUCCAUGGCCUUCAUCCUCAUUAGCCUUUUUAGCAACGGGUGGCUGCAACGCGUGGAAAUUGACAAUUCCAUCUGGGAAAUCAACUGUCAAACCAUAUUGACUCCAACUAGUCCUUCUACUUUGGAGACUCUGUAUUAUGCAUCUCCUUCUCUCGGGCCGGUGUUCAGUUGUGAGACUGCCUGCCCUGGUCACAUACCCGCCCGCUCGUUGCGGUGGUUGUGGAAUGCCGAAGCGCAAGUCUACUGUCGCUUCUCCCUCUGGGGGGGUGGCCAGAAGCCUGCGGCAUCGAAUGCUGCUGCAUGGGCAGGUAGUCUGCUUCUCCUCAGUGGCUCUGGCAUACUACUGUUUGCCCAUUCCCUCCUCUGCCUUUCCCUCUGCAAACGCGAGCUCUUCGGUCGCAGUGUCUUCCAGGUGACUGGACUCCUGCAAUGCUGCGCUGACCUACUACUUCUCGCCGGACUGUUCGCAUGGCCUGCAGGAUGGGCUUCCAUUCCCGUGCAGGAAGUCUGCGGCGCCCUGACAGCGCCCUACCAGAAGGGUAACUGCGAGUGGACACAAAGUCCCAUUCUCAACUUUGUUGGAGUUUGUCUUCUAUUCGUUAGUGCCAUCUUGGCAACGUUCGCCGAUCGAUCGAUAAUGCAGCCCUCAGUGAUACGUCAAAUGCUAAUUACAGACAAAUCCGUCAUAUUUGUUUGA